CACACACACACACUUGCAUAUCCAACAUAAUUAGAGAUUGAGCAUGCUCACACGAUGUUAUAUUUCACCAAUCAAACAUCAAUAUAAACUACAGUUGAUUAAACCAACUACCACUCCUCCUAUAACAUUUGCUCCUUCAACAACACCAUAUUCAGACAAGUACUACCAGCCAAUUAUUUCAGAAGGCAGUUCUGGGUUCAGCAAAUUAAUUAUCCCCAAGGAUUUCCGUGCAACUAAUCAAGAAUUAACUCCUGAUGAAACAUUUAUAAACAGACAGCAUGAGUUGGAAGAGAUUGUCAAGACAUUCAAUGCACCAAUUGACGUUUCUAUUGGGUAUGGAUCAGGUAUUCUACCACAGGAUGGAUAUGAUUUGCCGAAGGUUAGUGGAACUUCUGCUCCUGCAAGUAGUACUAGUAGUGGUGGUAGUAGCACCACCACCACCACCACCACCACCACCACCAGCAGUAGUCAACAAUUAGAUUUCAUUCAUAUUGUUCCUGAUAGCCAUGAGUUCCACCGAGUCAAUCUUCAACAAAAUCGCAGUCAUUAUUCAUUCAAACUGUUGCUGAUAAUCAACUUUAUCCAAGGAACAGGAAUAUACUUUAACCCAUUCAUAUCGAUAAAUAACAAGUUAAUCAAGUAUGGCAUAAUAUCUACCGAGAAUGCGUUACUUGAUCUAUGUGACUGGAAUUCGCUUUAUUUUGCAGGAAGAUUGCAGAAACCCGUGAAUAUCAUUGAAGAUCAAGAUACGCGUAUAAAGUUUCUUAAUCAGUAUAAUUUAAAGAAUGCAAUGACAGUUUCGAUAAUUCUUAUUCAAAAGGGUCAGUUUACCGAAUUGGAGUUAUACGAACAAAUCACCCGACUUUCAUACUUGGGAGAUUUCAGAAUGAAAAUUGGAGGAGAGAAUCCAAACAAGGUAAAGAAUAUUGUCAAUAAACAAUUUACCCACUUCAAGAAACUUUAUGAGCCAAUAUUACAGUUUUUCAUUCAUAAUAAUUACUUGAUUAUACUCGACAAUGACCCGGUGAACAAAACAUUCAAGAAAAAUCUCAACACCAACAAUAAGAUUAGAUUAAUAAGUACAUUGCCACACCAAUUUAGAAACCAGUUGUAUCAGCAAUAUUAUGACAAAUCAAUCAAAUAUAUUGCCAAGGAUAAUGACUUGCCUAAACAUAUCACCAAGAUCAUAAGCCGUACUAUACAAAUAAGUUCGAUCAAACAAGCUAUCCGAGGGGUGUUUACGGCAGGGUUAUUUAAAUCGGUAAAGUAUGCCUGGGCGAAACAGGUUAAGUAUUGGCAAGGGAAAAAGACAUAGCAUGAUCAUGUAUAUAGUGUAAUAUAUUUCCGCCGUUAUAACU